ACCAUAACCACAAACAUUGUCCAAAAAAGACAAUAUGGGACAUUCAUACUUUCAUGCAACACUCACAAUUCUCUUAUCAUCUUCAAUCUUUAGAGCAAAAGCACAAAUUAUCUCCCCAUGCUCGAGCUCGAUGAUCGUAACCUCUUUUACGCCAUGCUUAAAUUACAUAACGGGAAGCAGUGGAACUGGCUCGUCCCCAACCGAAGAUUGUUGCAAUUCGUUGAGGUCGUUUAUGGUCAAUAACAUGGAUUGCGUUUGUCUUAUCGUGACCGGAAAUGUUCCCGUGUCUAUACCUUUUAUCAAUGCGAAUAUAGCGAUUUCUCUCCCGCGAGUAUGUCAGAAUUCGGUGCCCUUACAAUGCAGAGCCACUGGAGUUCCUCUACCGCCUCCAGGCCCAGUUUUAUUUGGCCCAACAUCAGCUCCAAGCCCGGCAGGCCCUGUUUCAUUUGGCCCAACAUCAACUCGAAACUCAGCUGGUGCACCUGCUCCAACUAUUCAUAGUCAUCAUAGUCAAAAUGCAAUAGCCAUCCUGGCGGCUCCUCAGCCGGCUGAAAGCCAAGAAAUUUCACCGGCGGCUCCUCAAAACUCCCCAUUAAGCCCAGCCGCAAGGCCUGGGGUCAAACCGGUGGUCAAUGUCAACUCAGCCUCAAGUGUGCCUAAAAUGCAAACUCUUGUACUUACAAAUGUUGUGCUAGCACUUGUUAUGGCGUACAAGUUCUUCAACUGAACAAAUUGAUUUGUUACGUGACACAUUUUACCAAAUAUACUUUCAAUGAAUUUGAUAGAACUUUAACUUUUGAAUCGAUUUUGACUAGUCCAAAUUAUCUAAAUUCCAUGUAUAUCAUUU